GCCCGGCGGGCCCGGCGCGACGCAGGGGCGGGCGCAGCGCAGGCGCCGGGAGGCGCCGGCGUUGGCGGCCAUGGAGCGGAAAGUGCUGGCUCUGCAGGCCCGAAAGAAGCGGACCAAAGCCAAGAAGGACAAGGCCCAGAGGAAACCUGACACUCAGCACCGGGGCCCCGCUGCUCAUUCAGAGAGUGAUGUCCCAGAGCAAGAGGAAGAAAUCCUGGGAUCAGACGAUGAUGAGCAAGAGGAUCCAAAUGAUUACUGUAAAGGUGGUUAUCACCUUGUGAAAAUAGGAGAUCUCUUUAAUGGACGAUACCACGUGAUUCGGAAGCUUGGAUGGGGCCACUUCUCCACUGUGUGGCUGGCUUGGGACAUCCAAGGGAGGAGAUUUGUGGCAAUGAAGGUGGUGAAGAGUGCAGAGCACUACACAGAAACAGCACUAGAUGAAAUCAAGUUGCUAAAAUCGGUCCGCAACAGUGAUCCAAAUGAUCCAAGUAAAGAGAAAGUUGUUCAGUUAUUAGAUGACUUCAAGAUUUCAGGAGUCAAUGGCUCUCAUAUCUGUAUGGUGUUUGAAGUUCUAGGACAUCAUCUUCUGAAGUGGAUCAUAAAGUCAAAUUAUCAGGGGCUUCCACUCCCCUGUGUCAAGAAAAUCAUCAAACAGGUUCUUCAGGGUUUGGAUUACUUGCAUACAAAAUGUCGAAUCAUUCAUACAGAUAUUAAACCUGAGAACAUUCUUCUCUGUGUUAAUGACCAGUAUAUUCGCAGGCUGGCUGCAGAAGCAACAGAGUGGCAGAGAUCUGGGGCUCCCCCACCAUCUGGCUCUGCAGUGAGCACUGCACCACAGCCAAAACCAGCUGACAAAAUGUCAAAGAACAAGAAAAAGAAGUUGAAAAAGAAGCAGAAACGGCAGGCUGAGUUGUUAGAGAAGCGAAUGCAAGAAAUAGAGGAAAUGGAGAAGGAAGCAAGCCCUGGGCAGACACAGCCUGAGGAGGAGGAAGAAGCUCAGACCCCUCUGGAAAUGCUCAUAAAAGUUAGUCCACCAGAGGAAAGCGUUGACAAAAAGACAGCACAAGUCCUUGUACAAGAGCCAUCUAAUCUAAUGGAAAGCAGCGUGGAAAAAUGUGUAACAGAAAUAAACUGCAACGGAGUGAUACAAAUGACGGACUUCACAGAUUCUGGGAAUCAAGGGUCUGUGCGACUUGAGGAUGACCUUCAUAAUGCCAAUGACUGUGGCAAUCACCCUCAUACACAGAAGACUGAGAACUUCCAUAGCCGUAAUUACAGUCAGCAUAACGCUGACUCAGAGAACAGGCCUCAAGAAGCAAUGUCGGACUCAUUUGUGCCCUUAGUUUCAGAGGAUUCCAUGGUGUGUCAGCCCACAUCCAAUGACAAGCAGUCAUUCAAUGCGCAGGAGAUUAACAAUUUUCAGGAAAGCAUCCGGACAGAGAUCCCUUCAGAAGAUGAGAAUGAGAAUAAUAGCCCAACAGACAACAAAGGAAAAUCAACUGCUGGGAAUUUCCUUCUUAAUCCUCUUGAGCCCAAGAAUGCAGAUAAGCUCAAAGUGAAGAUAGCUGACCUAGGAAAUGCCUGCUGGGUGCACAAGCACUUCACUGAAGACAUCCAGACAAGACAGUACCGGUCCUUGGAGGUGUUGAUAGGGUCCGGGUACAACACCCCUGCUGACAUCUGGAGCACAGCAUGCAUGGCCUUUGAGUUAGCAACAGGAGACUACCUGUUUGAGCCUCACUCUGGAGAAGAUUACUCACGAGAUGAAGAUCACAUUGCAUUGAUCAUAGAACUUCUGGGGAAAAUACCUCGCAAGCUCAUUUUGGCAGGAAAAUAUUCCAAGGAGUUUUUCACCAAAAAAGGUGAUCUGAAGCACAUCACCAAACUGAAGCCCUGGGGCCUUUUUGAAGUGUUGGUGGAAAAUACGAGUGGUCCCCAAGACGAGGCAGCUGCAUUCACAGACUUCUUACUACCUAUGUUGGAGCUGAUCCCAGAGAAACGAGCUACAGCAGCAGAGUGUCUCAGGCACCCUUGGCUUAAUUCAUAGAAGCUUCAGUGCAGUGCCACAGCGUUACACUCUGGUUUACAGCAUAGCCUACACACACCCAGCUGCCCCUUCCCAGAUCCAUUAUUCUCCUUGUUCACUUUCAGUGUGAAGUUCUUCCUUCAAGGCUUCCAAGAUUUUAGAUAAAUCUAACCUGUUCUGCUGAAUUUGCUUGUGUGACUUAAUGGGGACUUUCCUCAGCCAGUGGGCAUCAUCUGUGUUUCGCCUUGAUUGGGCUUCACCAAAAACUAAUUGACUAGAAUAUGAAAUCUUCCCUCAGUCUCCUCACUGUUAGGCACCACGUGUUACAGAUGUGAGCUCACCCGUGCUCAGAUGUGCUCCCUUAGCUAGAUUUCAACUCUCCUUUCUUCAUGAGGGCCAUGCAAAGAUCUCACUGACUCAGGAGUAAAUUUCCCUGAUCCAAUAGCUAGUGACGGGGUGAGAAGUAACAGGUGGCAUCAAGGUGGUGCCACAUCCCUGUAGAGCAAAGACCUUGAAAUCCUCCAUCACUUUCUAGGUAUCUGCUGUAUUCUUUCCAGUCACAAACUUUUAUUUAGUUCUAGCUGCUUUUGAAAAAGCUUUUUAAACCUAGGUUUUAGUAUCCUUUAUUUCUUCCUCCAAAGUGUCCUGUCUGUUAACCUUUUCCUUCCCCAUACCCUUGGUAGAAUAGUUUCUGAACUUGGUGGUUUUUUACUUCAAUGCCUGUGACUAAAAGGCAAGCAAAAUAAGCAAAAGCUGGAACUGACUGAACGCACAAUCUUCAGCACACAGAUGGGUUCACCCCUUGGUCUGCAAAGUGAGAGCCUUGUUGCAGGCAACUCUUAACAUUAUAGCAAGACAUAAGGUUUUGGGAUUUUUUUAUCCCUAACUGGCACUUUUUGCCUUGCUUGAGGUGGUUGCUGUAUUUGUGAGAGACUGCCUUUCACAGAUGCAGUUUACUCUGACUUUUAAUUUUUGACCAUUCACUUUUUCCCAAGGAAAGGGUUGCAGCGCCUGUAUCACAGCCAUGCCAUAGCCCUGGACUUUCAAAAUUAAAACUUGAAAUCUCUGUAAAGAUUUCUUUUCUCUUAACUUGCUUCAGGUGCGGGCCUUCAGAAAUAACUUCCCAGGAUGGGACUGCCUUUUAUUUUCUGGGCCAUUAGCACAGGAAGAGCUAGCAGAAGUGGAAGAGAAUUGACUUUUCCAUGUAGAUACUGGGUUAGAAGCUGUUUCUAGAGUUACCCCAAGUAAAAAGUGUUCUAUGGGGCUUCUAUGUAAACUUCUCAGAGGGGGUUUGGAUAUAAUGAGUUAAAUGGGUUAAUUUUAAUUAAAAGUUAAAUCACUGUGGCAUUUGCUAGUUUUAUGAUGUCUUCUUCUAGAGUUGCCCAUCCUAUUACAGAUUCGGUGCAUCCCACUCUUCUCUAAGCACGAUUUGGCAGCGUUGAGACUUCAGAGGCACUUCCUUACUCUGGACCAAACAAGCCUUUGGAUUUGUGGUGGCUUUCAGAGGACAGAAGUUGCUGGAGGCCAUGCAGAUGCUAUCCAAGACAAUUACAUUGCCAAGCUGCCAAGAUCACUGUUACGUGUCACUUCUAUGUUGUGUGUUUGGAAAUUUUGGUUUAUAAGGAUCGUUCAUUCAUAAACCGGAUCAUUUAAUCCACUGGAAGAGAGUUUCUCUGGUUCAGAGCCUGAUGGGGCUUAUUUAUGCAAAUCAUGCUGCAUGUUCCUUUAGUGGUAGAUCAGAUUCUCUAUGCAUAUAAUAUAAAGUGAAAGGCAGGUAACAUACCAAAAAUGUUUCAAAUGGCUGAUUUGACAGGUUUUUUCCCCCGUUCAUCUGGAGUUUUCCAGUUCUAGGUCUCUUCUGUAUCUGUUACAGGACUGCAGACAGUACUGGGUUCCAACUUACUGUGAAGAUACAUUGGCAGGCAAACAAUUCCUGUGCUCUUGAAAGCUUGCCCAGUCCUGCGUACUUGAGACUGGCUGAUGAAGGAACAUUUCCUAGAAGGGGUCUGCAAGCUUUGACUCUUAAGAGCUCCUGCCCAUCCUUUCUUCCCUUUCAUCUGCCACCCCUGACUGGAGGAGGAGGUUUUUUACCCAGAUAGCUAAGCCUAGAGCCAGCUUGGGAGUUAAAGACCUGCAGAAGCAACUGUCACAAUUCAGUCUUGUACUGUCUGCUUAUUCACUUGGGGUUUGUUAAAUUUCCAAGUUGCUGUAAUGUGCUCACACUAAAGGAUUUGUACUUGCUGUGUCAGUCUAAAACCUGAAGGAAAAUACAUUUUUAUUCUUUCUA